AUGGCGGUGUUCCACUGGUCGUUGUACCUAGGUCCUUGUGGUGUGAAGGUGAAUCCCUGCAAACCAGGAGACUUCACGCUCGGCUCGUCGACGGAUGAGUUUGACUAUAAUCGCGACGACAUCAACAACCCCCCAAACCCACCCGCUAUGGAGCUACCUCUCCCCGAGUGGAUGGGUCACAAGGACUGCAACUGGAAGACCAACGGGCACGGUGAUGUCGGUCAACUCAUAUGUGGCGACUGGAUGAUCUACGACUGCGAGCGAGAUGCGAGUUGGAACGAUGGAGCAAUCGCCUGCCACGGCCAAGUCGCUAUCCACCUCGGCACGAUUUCUGCUACACCCGUCAAGUACACCGGCGUACGGAGAUCCGAAAAUGGUACCGGUUGGCGCCCUACGGACUACUACGACUCCUCGGUCCAGGUCCUUCUCCUCCGAUCAUCCGGUACAGAGUACUAUUGGCAAAUGUACCAAGGCCCAGCCUUAGUAUCCGUUGAUCCUUGCGGCUACCCAGAUCCAUUCAAAGUCGCGGAUAACAAAGGCGUCUACCAUUAUGGACGAGACGCCAUCGGUAACGCUCCACAAGCUCCUGCCAUAAGUCGUGACAUGCCUUGCGCGAGCUUUUUCCAGAUCAUGGACAUACGUGAUGGCUGACAUCAAA